UUGGACAUGUCUUUAUCCGAUUCGGCAGAGGGAGAAUUUAAUGGUCUAAACCAUUACUAUGAAAAGAAAGUACAGCCAUUCAUUGACCUAGUGGACACUCUGAGGGCAUUAGGUGUUGAAAAGGACCUGAAUCUGCCUGCUAUUGCUGUCAUCGGUGACCAGAGCUCAGGAAAGAGUUCAGUGCUGGAAGCCCUGUCUGGAGUGGCGCUGCCUAGGGGAACAGGUAUUGUGACUCGAUGUCCUCUGAUACUGAAACUAAAGAAAAUCACAAGGGAUAAAAACUGGUCUGGAUUGCUAACAUAUAAGGAUCAAACAGAAGUACUCAAGGAACCAAUGGGAAUAGAGAAUGCUGUCUUAAAGGCUCAGACUGCAUUGGCUGGAACAGGUAAAGGGAUCAGCCAUGAAAUGAUCACUCUGGAGAUCCAGUCAUGUGAUGUUCCUGACCUCACUCUCAUUGACCUGCCAGGUAUUGCUAGAGUCGCCACUGGCAACCAGCCACAAGACAUUGAGAAACAAAUAAAAAGUCUCAUUGAAAAGUUCAUCAAAAGACAAGAGACCAUCAGCUUGGUUGUGGUGCCUGCAAACAUUGACAUCGCCACCACAGAGGCUCUGAAGAUGGCAUCCACAGUUGAUCCAACUGGACAAAGGACUUUCUGUAUUCUGACUAAACCGGAUUUAGUGGACAAAGGGAUGGAGGACACUGUGGUCAAAACAGUCAAUAAUGAAGUGAUACCACUGAAGAAGGGCUACAUGAUAGUCAAGUGUCGAGGCCAGCAAGACAUCAAUGACAAGCUUGGUCUGGUUGAAGCUCUGGAAAAAGAAAAAAGAUUUUUUGAUGAACAUCCUCAAUUCAGUUCUCUUCUUGAUGACGGAAAAGCUACAAUUCCCCUUCUUGGACAAAGACUCACAAAAGAAUUGGUUGAACACAUUGCUGAAAAUGUGCUACAGCUGCAGAAUCAGCUUGAGAUGAAAUUACAGAAGACGUUUGAGUGUCUCAAAGUACUGGGAGAUCGUGUUCCUGAUGACCAAAUUGAGCAGAACAAUUUUCUGAUAAAGAAAAUUCGCCUCUUUAUGGAUGCCCUUGAAGAAGUUAGGAGGGUCGAAGAGGAACCUGUAAAAUCAGACACAAGGGUCUUUUCCAAAAUCAGACAGGAAUUUGUAUCAUGGAAACACAUCCUGGAUUCCAACCCCAUUAAGAUAUGUACUUCCUCUAAAGAUGAGAAACAUCUCAGUACUGAUCUACAAGAGUAUGUUAGGACUCACAGAGGAAAUGAGCUUCCUGGAUUUCUGAACUAUAGAACUUUUGUUGACAUUAUCAGGAUGCAUGUUGAGGACCUGGAAGAACCUGCUUUAAAGCUGCUCAGAAAUGUCAAAGACAUUGUUCACUCCUCUGUGGGCUGCAUUGCUAACUUUCAUUUUAAGGAUUUUCCUAACCUGUUGAUGGCUGCAAAAGAGCCAAUUGAAAGAUUUCUUGAUGAGCAGUUUCAGAACGCUGAAAAAAAAAUACGUUCUCAGUUUAAGUUGGAGAAGACUGUCUACUGCCAAGACAAUCUCUACACUAACCACCUAAACAUGAUAAGAUCAAAAAACACAGCUGGUUUUGGGCUGCAGGCUUCACUUGCCAAUGCAGAUGUACGGGAGACUGCAUUCCAUCUCACCUCCUAUUUAACGAUAACCUGUGAGCGUCUGGCUAACCAGAUUCCACUGAUAGUCCAGUAUCACAUGCUGAACCAGUACAGCUCUCAGCUUCAGGAUGCAAUGCUUGGCCUUGUUGGAAAGAACAGUCCAGGAAAGCUGCUCUGUGAAGAUUCUGGUGUUGCCCGUAAAAGAAAAGAUCUGAAAGAGCGUCUGGAGCGCCUCAAGAGUGCAGAAAGAGUCCUGUCUAAGGUUGUGCAUUCUGCAAAUUCAUGGUAGAGCUGUCGCCUCACAGCAGAAAGAUCCCCGGUUUGAGUCCCGGCUGGGUGUGAAAUUGGGAAAGUCCCCAUUUUCAAAAAUGAAAUUGCAUUUUUACUUAUUCAAUUUUACAUGCCUUUCUUGUCUGAAACAAUUCAUGUAUGUUUUUAUUACUUUUUAAUAAACACCAAACCUGGUAAUAAUGUUAAUAAUUAGUCAUCCAUUUACCCUGCCUUAUGUUUUCCAAUAGAGAUUAAAGUGAUGUUUGUUCUUUGGUCCACUGGUUCGAGUCCCAGCUGGGUCAGUUGCCAUUUCUGUGUGGUUUGCAUGUUCUUCCCGUCUUGGUGUGGGUUUCCUCUGUGUGCUCUGGUUUCCCCCACAAUCCAAAGUCAUGUGGUACAGGUGAAUUGAAUAAACUCAGUAGGCCAUAGCGUGUGAAUGAGUGUGUAUGGAUGUUUUCCAGUACUGGGUUGCAGCUGGAAGGGCAUCCGCUGUGUAAAUCAAGAUGGAUAGGUUGGUGGUUCAUUCUUCUGUGGCAACUCCUGAUGAAUAAAGGGAUUAUGCCAAAAAGAAAAUGAAUGAAUGAAUAAUUUAUGGGAAAGUAUAAAUUGACAAACGUACCACAAAGCCUAUUAUGUUUUACU